CAAUGAUAGCUCGGUACUUGGGCACUGAAGGCAGGGACCAGAUGUUCUUGAAGUUCUCAGGCUAGGGUACGUCAGGGUGCCGGUACUUGUCGACUAUCGAUAGUCAGGCUGCUCUAGCGUAGCCAGCUAGCUCUGCUUGUUUUCUAUAGGAUCCUCUCGAAUACAUCUACAAGUUUCCAGUUCCUGCAUGAAUGCAUAACAAGAUGGCGUGCAUACCAGUGACAGUAGAACCUGUCCUGUUCCUCUUUAUGAUGAGUCUGUUUAUGAUGCUGACUACCAACCAACUGCUGUUCAUCCGGAAAGUCUGCGCCUCUCACUUCAACAAAACAGUGUGCUCAAACCUGAGCACCUUCAAGAUGGAAGAGGAUGCUAUCCAGACAGAGGCAUCACACUGGAUUCUUUUCUUUAGCAUCUGCACUAACGUCCCUGGGUCUUUCAUGUCCAUGUUCCUGGGAGCCACCAGCGACCGCGUAGGCCGGAAGUAUAUCAUGCUGCUCCCACCUUUGGGCACUGCAGUUUCGGCAGCUGUGUUUGCUCUCAGCUCUUACUACCUAGCCUCUCCGUUGGGGUACAUCAUCUUUGCGGCACUAGCAGUUGGGUUUACUGGUGGCAUGGGAACUGCCUAUGUGACAUUUAUCAGCUACAUGGCCGACAUCACCAACCAUGCGUCCCGCACGAAGCGCUUUGGAAUCCUGGAGGCCAUGGUGUUCAUUGGCGGGACCGUGGGACUCCUCUGCGCCGGCAUGGUCGGCAGAGUCAAUCAUGGCUUCACCAUCAUCUACCUGGUUGUUCUGUCCAUCCAGAUUCUGACCAUGGCCUACAUUGCCUGUUUCUUGGAUGAGUCCCUGAAGCCCGAAAACAGGCUAGCCAGGAAUGACAAGGACAAGCCGCUUGGUGCGGGCUGUUUACCAAGGCGUUGCCUGUGCUUGGGGCCCAUACUAGAUAGCAUGCGCCGUUCCCUGACAGUGUUUUUGGCCAAGAGGCCCGGCAACAAAAGGAAGUAUCUGAUAACAGUUCAGGUAAUCAACCUCCUCAGUGUCUUUGCAAUGGCAGGAGAAAUGGAUCUGCUGGUGCUCUUCACCAAGCAUUCCCCUCUCAGCUGGGACGUGACGACCAUCGGGAUCUUCAUGGCCCUGAAGAACACCCUGAAGGGGGCAGUGCUUAUAGUCCUGCUGCCGCUGCUCUUCCGCUGCAUCGGCAAGGAACGUGUCAUCCAUAGGGACAUGGUGCUGGCACAGGUGGGCCUAGUCUCCAGCAUCCUCGGCCUGGUCAAUGUAGCAUUCUCCAGGCACACAGCAAUCAUGAUGCUGGUUCCUUUGGUUGGAUGUUUGUCUGGCUUUACGGGAGCUGUCCUAAGUUCCUUUAAGACACAGUUGGUUGAACCCAAUGAAUUUGGUGGGAUGUUUGCCUGCACGUCCUUCCUAGAUACCUGUUUACAAGUGGCUGGCUCUCUCCUUUUCAACACCCUCUACCCAGCGACCCUUCACAUCUGGCCUGGGUUCUCCUUCCUGAUAAUGGCAGCCAUUUACAUUGUGUCACUCAUAAUUGUCAUAUGGCUUCAGUGGGAUAUGAAGAAGGCAAUCAAAGAAGGCAAGAAUGAUUUAGGGCAUAAGAGGCUACUAGACGAAUCUGACGACGAAGAGGAGGAUGCUGUGUACAUGACAUCACUUCCUGCACCCCUUGAAGUAGACAGCAUUGGUAUUUGAUAUAUGUACAG